AUGAUCACAAUUUGUAAUGACAGCCACAGUAAUUUCAUCCUCCUGGGCUUCUCUGACAAGCCACAUUUGGAGAAGAUACUGUUUUGGGUCAUUCUGAUAUUUUAUUCCUUGACAAUUGUAGGAAAUAUGGUCAUAGUUCUUGUCUCCUCUAAGGAUCCAAAACUCCGCAUUCCUAUGUAUUUCUUUCUUUCCAACCUUUCCUUGCUAGAUCUCUGUUUCACCAGCAGCUGUGUUCCACAGAUACUGGUUAAUCUCUGGGGUCCAGAGAAGACCAUCAGCUACAUUGGCUGUACCAUUCAACUCUACGUGUUCUUAUGGCUUGGGGCCACUGAAUCUGUCCUCCUUCUGGUCAUGGCUGUUGACCGCUUUGUGGCAGUAUGUCAUCCACUGCAAUAUACCACUAUCAUGCACCCAAAACUCUGCCUGCAGCUCUCCAUCCUGGCAUGGGGGACUGGUCUGGUCCAGUCUCUGAUCCAGUCCUCUGCCACACUCCACUUACCCUUCUGCUCCCAUCGGAGGGUGGAUGACAUUGUGUGUGAAGUCCCAGCCUUGAUUCAGCUCUCCAGUACAGACACUACCCACAAUGAAAUUCAGAUGUCCAUAGCCAGUAUUAUUUUCCUAGUGGUGCCUUUGAUCAUUAUCCUUUCCUCUUACGGUGCUAUUGGUAAGGCUGUGCUUAAGAUAAAGUCAACUGCAGGGCAGAAGAAAGCAUUUGGCACCUGCACUUCUCACCUUCUUCUGGUUUUCCUCUUCUAUGGUACUGUCACAGCUGUCUACCUUCAACCCAAGAAUCAUUAUGCUCAUGAACGUGGCAAGUUUCUCACUCUGUUUUACACUGUAAUAACCCCUACUCUUAACCCCCUUAUCUACACUUUAAGAAACAAAGAAGUAAAGGGGGCAUUAAUAAGAUUAGGGCAGAGGACCUGGGAUUCCCAGAAUAACUAA